AUGAGCGCACUGUGCGCGGCGGGCGCCGGCGCCGGCCCGCGCCUGCUGUUUGUCAAGGGCGCGCCAGAGGCGGUACUGGAGCGCUGCUCCGCCGCACUGACUAACGAACCGGGCGGCUCGGGGUCGGGAGGCAUGGUGGAAAGCAUGUCGCCCGGCCUGCGGGCCGCGCUGCACGCCAAGGUCACCGAGUACGGCGCCACAUCAGCGCUGCGCGUGCUGGCGCUGGCCUACCGGCCCUGGGCCACUGACCGCCUCGAUGUGCGGCCGGAGGACGAGGCGGGGCUGACGUUUGUGGGGCUGGUGGGCAUGCAGGUGGGCGACAACAAGUCGACGGCAGAGUCUGUGGCUCGCCAGAUAGGCCUGCUGCAGGGCCAGGGCCAGCUGGCGGUCGGCGGCGGCGACCUGGAGAGCAGCGGCGGCGGCGCGGGCAUGGCCUCGCUGUCGGGCCGGGAAUUUGAUGACCUGGCGCCACCUCACCAGGCCGAGGCUGCGGGCGGGCUGGCGGUGUUCGCCCGCGUGGAGCCUUCCCACAAGACGCGGCUGGUGGAGCUGCUCAAGGCGCAGGGCGCGGUGGUGGCGAUGACGGGAGACGGCGUGAACGACGCCCCCGCGCUGCGCCGGGCAGACAUCGGGAUUGCGAUGGGCUCCGGCACCGCGGUGGCCAAGCACGCUUCGGACAUGGUCCUGGCCGACGACAACUUUGCCACCAUUGUGGCGGCGGUGGCGGCGGGUCGCUCCAUCUACGCCAACACCAAGCAGUUCAUCCGCUACAUGGUGUCCUCAAACAUAGGCGAGGUGGUGGCCAUCUUCAGCGCCGCGCUGCUGGGCAUACCCGAGUGCCUGAACCCGGUGCAGCUGCUGUGGGUCAAUCUGGUGACGGACGGCCUCCCCGCCACCGCCAUCGGUUUCAACAAGCCAGACGGAGACAUCAUGCGCCGCCGGCCGCGCCGCACCUCGGAGGGCAUCGUCGACCGCUGGCUGUUCAUACGCUACCUCAUCAUCGGCUCCUACGUGGGCGCUGUCACCGCCGCCGGCUUCGUGUGGUGGUUCAUGGCGGCACCCGGCGGCCCCGGCAUCACCUGGCGCCAGCUGCGAGACUUCCAGCACUGCACAGCCAACGGGUCCGUGGACUGCGCCGUCUUCAAGGACAGGCACCCGUCCACUAUCAGCAUGACCGUGCUUGUGAUUGUGGAGAUGUUUAAUGCGCUGAACGCGCUGUCAGAGAACUGUAGCCUGCUGGCGCUGCCGCCCUGGAGCAACCUGUGGCUGCUGGCCGCCAUCAGCGUCUCGGUGGCCCUGCACCUCCUCAUCCUCUACGUGCCCCCUCUGGCAGCCAUGUUCAGCGUGGUGGCGCUGAGCUGGGUGGAGUGGCGCAUGGUGCUGCUGCUGUCGGCGCCGGUGGUACUGGUGGAUGAGGUGCUGAAGCUGAUAAGCCGCAGGUUCAUGCUGAGCCCUGAGGCCCGUGCCGUGGCGGCUAGCCAGAUGAUGGGCUGGCUUCCGGUGCGGCUGCGUGCCAAGGGGCGGUCGUUGAGCAGCGAGCUGACAAGCAUCGUGACCGGCGGCGGCGGCGGCGGCAAGGGCGGCGGCUCGCUGAGCCGCAAGGGCAGCGACGGCGACACGGCGCCGCUGGUCCGCCAGCGCUGA